UUCCGUCCGGAAACAGGAGGUCGAGAUCAACGAGCCGAAGCCAGCAUCCAAUGCCAAGGUGUCCCCUGCCGGGAGCACCGAGUUCUUUCCGUUCCACCCCGGGAGCCUCCUUGAUAGGGAUUUAAGAGAUUUUAGCUCGAACUCGUUGAGGGAUGAUCGCUCUGAGAGCUUCGAGUCGGCUUACAGGGACUCUUGCAAAGGGAGUGCUACAAAGAAGUCGAAGAGAUGGAGCAAGGCAUGGAACAUUUGGGGGUUCAUACACCGUAGGGGCAGCAGCAAGGGAGGAGCCAAUGUGGUUGAGAGAUCCUUCUCGGAGUCGUGGCCCGAGCUGCGAGCUUGGGGUUAUAAUGGCAAGAUUUUGAGGAGCAACAGCAGCAUAAGUUCGAGGAGCUCAUUCAAUGGAAAUGGUGGAUUUGGGAGCAUGAGAAGGAGCAGUGUCGAGGCCAAUGGGCAUGGGAAGAAAAAGAGGGAGGAGUUUGUGUUGGAGAGGAACCGGAGUGCCAGGUACUCUCCAAGCCAUUUCGACAAUGGGUUGCUGAGGUUCUACUUGACACCCAUGCGGAGCAGCAGCCGGAGGAAUGGAGGGUCGGGGAAGGGAAGGCACAUGAGUUCUCAUUCAUUCACCAGGAGAAUGCUAAGAUUGUAUUGAGCCAUUAAUUGGCUUGAAUCAGGUAAUCCGAUCUACAGGAGAAUCUCUGGGCAUGCUUUAAAGAAGUUUUCUAUUUCCAGUAUUUGUUCCCAGAUCAGUGCAAAAUUACAAGAUCAUAUUUCCGAUGAAACGGCACCCCUGUCUCGAGGAUGGGUAAAAUAGGCGCCAAUGAAUGAGUUUUCAAAUCGACAAGAGCUGGUGUUAUAGGUGUGAAGACAAGCAACAGCAAGUGGGGAUUCAGAAGAUGCAUUCCAGUACCAGACCAUAACUUGUGUCCUCAGCAAUGACAAUGAUGGAUGGACCCAGAGGUUGGUGGUGUCACCUUGAAUCCAGCUGCAAUCUUGCCGAUUUUAGUUAGUGCUCAGGCUACUGAAUCUCAUAUGUAUGUUCUAGUAAAUUCAUGAUACCUGUCUAUCAGAGAAUUUGGAAUCUGUUGUACUGUUCUUUGUGGAGAGCUGCUUGAUCAAGUAACAGAAAGUGUAUUCUUUUUGAAAGUGGGAAAAAAAAACUGAUAGUUGUUACCGACUUUGGGAAGGUAAUGACUGUGCUACAAGGGCUUUGCAAUUGU